AUGCCGCUGUUGUGCCAAAGUUUUAUACGGGAUCGGACUAUUCCCGGCUUCCGGCUCGUUGAUCAUAUUUAUGACUGCACGAGGAAGGGUCAGAGCUCCAAAACCACCAAGAAAGGCCUCUCCCCGGAAACUCUAGUGCUUAUACGUCAGCGUGCAGCUGCACUAGCAGCAGGAAACCAAGAACUCACGUCCGAGCUCGCAAGGCUUUACAGAGAGGCGACAAAGAAAGAUUUUAGGGAGAGAAGAGCAGAAGUGCUGGCUGAAGCUGCAGAGGCGGGAAAAAGCAUCCGCUAUGCCCGUCGAGGCUUCUGCAAUCGCAGGACGAAGAUAACUGCUCUCUGGAAUCCGAAGGGAACAAUCAUUUCAUAUUUCAUCGAGAAUGGAGGAAUGGAGAAAAUGAGCUACGACUUCACACCCAUGCGGACAUCCAUGCGAGCAAGCAGAGUUUCGAAAGGGAUUCAGCACGAUUGA